AUGGGAAUUUAUGGAAUGGUGACCGGAAAACCCGGAAAGAGUGGAUUUGGAUCAGCUUCAACAGCUGAAGAUGUCACUCACUCCAUUGAUGCCAAUCAUCUCACUGCCAUCAUCACAGGUGGAACCGGUGGGAUUGGAUUGGAAACAGCAAGAGUGUUGGCAAUGAGAGGAGCUCAUGUCAUCAUUGCAGCAAGAAACGAAAAAGCUGGUAAUGAAGCUAAAGAGAUGAUUCGUCAGAUGAACCCUAACGCUCGUGUGGAUUUUCUUCAACUCGACGUCUCUUCCAUCAAAUCUGUCAGAUCCUUUGCCCAUGAGUUUCUGGCCCUCAAUGUUCCUCUCAACAUACUCAUAAACAAUGCAGGUGUUAUGUUUUGUCCUUUCAAGCUCUCUGAAGAUGGGAUUGAGUCACAAUUCGCAACCAACUACAUUGGUCAUUUUCUGUUGACGAAUUUGCUUCUCGACAAAAUGAAGACUACCACAAGAGAAAGUGGUACCGAAGGAAGGAUUGUGAAUCUGUCAUCUAUUGCUCAUACUUAUACUUACCCCAAAGGUAUCAAGUUCGAUGGCAUCAACGAUCCCGAAGGAUAUUCGGAGAAAAAGGCUUAUGGACAGUCCAAACUUGCAAACUUGUUGCACUCCAAUGCACUCUCUCGUAGACUACAGGAAGAAGGUGUGAACAUCACAGUAAAUUCGCUACACCCUGGACUUGUCACCACCAAUCUCUUCCGCCACUCCGGUUUUGAAAUGAAGAUCUUCAAGGCUCUGAGUUUCUUCUUGUGGAAAGAUAUACCUAAGGGAGCAGCAACUACAUGCUACGUGGCACUCCAUACUGACCUCAAAGGAGUCACCGGAAAGUACUUCUCCGACUGCAACAUCAUGACCACCAGCAAACUUGCUACGGACAAAUCUCUCGCCGAUAAACUUUGGGAUUUCAGUAUCAAACUCAUCGACUCUAUUCCCUAA